CGCUGUUCGCCACACCGAGCAGUUCUCACCUUGAAACUCUGAGGAUUGCCAAAACUCGAAACGGAUCGUCGAAUUCUUAUCGAUUUCACUGUUACAUCACCAUAUCUUUGGACACAUUCGGUCUUACUUUUGAAAGAAUGCUUAUCAACUCAGUUCUUGUUCUGGCAGUUUGGAUUACUUCGUCGCUUGCGGAAGAAUUAUCUCCCAGCGAUGCUACAUCUACCAAACAAACAUCUAUGGAAUUUCAAGAAGAUAUGCGCGGGAAAAACAAUCUCAUCCCUACGUCCUCAGAACACAAUAAAUUGUCCAAGAGAACGCUAAUGGAUUUUCAAGAUACGCGCGAUAAUAAGGAUUCGAACGCGCCUGACAUUGAAAAUAAUUUUUUGCACGAUGAAUUUGACAAGCGGGCUCCAAUGGGAUUUCAGGGUAUGAGAGGGAAAAAAGAUUAUUUGACACCUGAUUUCGAAGAUUCCUACUUUCGUGACGAGAAAAGAGCACCAAUGGGUUUUCAAGGUAUGAGAGGCAAGAAAAUCAUUUCAGAAGAUGAAUAUUAUAAACGAGCACCAAUGGGAUUUCAAGGAAUGAGAGGAAAGAAAGCAGAAAUGUUAGAUGAUGAAAUUGAAAAAAAGGCUGCGAUGGGCUUUUAUGGUACAAGGGGAAAAAAGACAUACCUUUUCGAGUAUCCGGAAGAUUACGAAAAAAGACUUCUCGCGAUGGGAUUCCGCGGCAAGUUGAAAGAAUUUCCGGUAGAGUGGGAGAAAAGGGCUCCCAUGGGAUUUCAGGGGAUGAGAGGCAAGAAAGCAUUGCUUGACGAGCUCGAGGAACUUGAGAAACGAACUGUUAUGGGUUUUCAGGGCAUGAGAGGCAAGAAAAAUGCCUUUGAAAAUUACAUAGAUUAUUACAUGGAUCCUGAUAUGGAUUUCGACAAGAGAGCACCAAUGGGUUUUCAAGGAAUGAGGGGCAAAAAGGAUUCCGAUAAAAGAGCACCUAUGGGUUUUCAAGGCAUGAGAGGCAAGAGAAAUACGGGACAAAGAUAUGAAACUGGUAUGGACUUUGAAAGAUCAUCAAACGAAUAUCAAGGAACGAGCAAUAGAAGAAAUGCUCUAGCCUCGUGCCAGCGAAAACGAUCGCCUUUCCGAUAUUUCGACAUGCGCGGUAAGAAAAAUCCACGAUGGGAAUUACGGGGGAUGUUUGUGGGGGUAAGAGGCAAAAAAUGGGCGACAGCCCCGUACGAAGACGACAGCCCGUUCAUAAGCAUGUUUGAUAACACCGAAAGGAUCGGCGUGGAUGGGGAUUCGCCAGCAAUAUUAGCUUCACAAUAAUGCAGCAGCCCUUAGAAACGAUAACUGUUACGAAACAUCUUCUCCAAAUACAUAAUUAAACCGAGCUAAACCUAAAUAGCUAAAUCUAAAAGUGAAGAAAAAGACACAUCUAUCAAUUAUGAUGGAUGCAAAUGCUGUCGUCUAUUGAUUUAUAAAUUUAUUUGAUUUUAAUUAGUUAAUUAAAAGCUUCAUUAUUAUUAUUCUACAUAUCGUAGAUAUCAAUAUAGGAUAUUUUUACGUAUCGUAGAAAUAUCUUAAAUAUCGAUAGCUUGAUCUAGUUAAUGGCAAUGAGAUUGUUUAUUAUGUUUACGCUGUAUUAUUUAUAUUUUGCCGCUAGUAAGUACAAAAUUCAAAUUUGCGCAUGCAAUGGAUGCAGAUCGCAAGGCACAAGUCGUAGAGUCUACAAUCAAAAGUAAAGGGUAUAUAAACUCAGAAUGUGUACACACAAUGAACAAAGACAAAUAUAUAUAUAUAUAUAUAGAACAGUUCUACAACAGCGGUUCGUUAUAGUUUCAAAGCAGCGUUUCAUGAACGUAGUGUCAAAAAGCAUUCUGCAUGUUUGCUGCGAUUUCACAAAUAACUUUUUCUUCUGCGUGAGAACCAUGAGAAAAUUAGAUACAUGUAUAUAAACUAUUAAAUAUUUU